GCCCGCAGGGUAGCCGGGCCUCGAGCAUCCUUCCCUGGUCCCCGGACCCUCCCCCGACCCGCACCAUGCAGGAGCCGCUGCUGCGGGAGCCCGGGCCGGACUACGACACUUUCCCCGAGGAGCCGCCCAGCCCGACCCCCGCCGGCCCCGCCAAGGCUCCACAGAACAAGCGUCUCUUCCUCGCCGCCUUUGCAGCCGUGCUGGGCAACUUCAGUUUCGGCUUUGCGCUGGUGUACACGUCGCCCGUCAUCCCGGCUCUGGAGAGCUCCUCCAACCCCGCGCUGCACAUGACCAAGGUGGAAUCGUCCUGGUUUGGGUCGGUGUUCACUCUCGGGGCGGCCGCGGGAGGCCUGAGUGCCAUGCUCCUCAACGACCUGCUGGGCCGGAAGCUGAGCAUCAUGUUCUCGGCCCUGCCCUCGGUGGCCGGCUACGCGCUCAUGGCCGGCGCCAGCGGCCUGUGGAUGCUGCUGCUGGGGAGGAUGCUGACGGGCUUUGCCGGGGGACUCACGGCCGCCUGCAUCCCCGUGUAUGUCUCCGAGAUCUCCCAUCCCAGGGUCCGAGGGAUGUUGGGAGCCACACCCCAGAUCAUGGCUGUCUUCGGUUCCCUCUCCCUCUAUGCCCUGGGUCUGAAGUUGCCCUGGCGCUGGCUGGCAGUGGCGGGCGAGGUGCCUGUGCUGGUCAUGAUCCUCCUGCUGUGCUUCAUGCCCGACUCCCCACGCUUCCUGCUUUCCCAGGGCAAGGAUGAAGAGGCUCUGCGGGCACUGGCCUGGCUGCGGGGCAAGGACACAGACAUCUGCCAGGAAUUCCAGCAGAUCCAGGAGACCGCCCAGAGCCGGAAUGGACGUAUGAACUGGGCCGAGAUCAAGGAUCCAUUUGUCUACAAGCCCAUCUUCAUCUCCGUGCUGAUGCGCUUCCUGCAGCAGUUGACGGGAAUCACCCCCAUCCUGGUCUACCUGCAGUCCAUCUUCAAGGGCACUGCUGGAUUCCUGCGCCCGGAGUACGAUGCCGCCAUCGUGGGGGCCGUGCGCCUCGUGUCUGUGCUCAUCGCCGCCGCCACCAUGGACAAGGCCGGGAGGAAGAUACUCCUGUUCGUCUCGGCUUCGGUCAUGUUUGCCGCCAACCUGGCCCUGGGGCUCUACGUCCUCCUUACGGCGCCGCGCGAAAUUCAUAACAGCACCGUGCCCCAUCCCAGCGGAGCCCUGGGGGACCCAGGGCCCAUUGCCGCUCCGGAGUCCCCCAACUACAUCACCCUGAUACCCCUCAUUGCCACCAUGCUCUUCAUCAUGGGUUACGCCAUGGGUUGGGGUCCCAUCACGUGGCUGCUCAUGUCGGAGGUCCUCCCGCUGAAGGCGCGGGGCGUGGCCUCGGGGCUCUGCGUGCUCGUCAGCUGGCUCACGGCCUUCGCCCUGACCAAGGCCUUCCUCCUGGUGGUGGACGACUUCGGCCUUGAGGUCCCCUUCCUAUUCUUUGCCGCCAUCUGCCUGGUGAAUCUGGUCUUCACGGGAUGCUGUGUGCCGGAGACCAAGGGCCGGACCCUGGAGCAAAUUGAGCACUUCUUCCGGACCGGGCGGUGGUUGUUGGUGAAGUAGGACUGGCCCCCGCCCCCGUGCCCUGUGCAGGCAGUGUGCCGGGGCUCUGACGGAUUGCCUUUGACUCGUGGGCGGCGGCAGCGAGGGCUCAGCCCGGGCUGGGCACCUUCUGGCCCAGAGGGCAUGCGUGACC